UGGAAAAUUAAUGACCCGUUUUUACAUUUUGGUUAAUUAUUAUAUAAAUUGGCCUAUGAAAUUUUUUUUUUUUUAAAAAAAAAGAAGAAAAUGGAGUCAAAAUUUUGGCCGGAGCUUAUGAAAGAUCUUGAACAUCUUUUUGAAAAUAAAGAGAAUUAUGACGUUAUUAUACAAGCGGGAGAAGAAUCAAACGUACAAGAAAUUUAUGCUCAUUCCAUAAUUCUCUGUUGUCAUUCAAAUUAUUUUCGUUCUAAUUUGAAGGAAAAGGAGGACGGAAAGUACAUUUUAAAGAAAUCUAAUAUUCCAUCAAAAAUUUUGGAAAAUAUUCUCAGGUUCUUAUAUUGCGGAAAGAUUAAUUUAAGUGUUGAAAGUUCUUCAGAUAUUGUGACUUUAUAACAACGGCAAACGAAUUUGAAUUACAUUCACUUGUAAAGCAUAUUCAAGAAUUUUUAAUUGAUAAUCAAGAAGAAUUUAUCAAAAAUAAUGUGGUUAAAUUUCU